AAAAUUUCAAAAUCCUCGCCGGAAUCCUCUGAACCUCGCCGGAAAACCGCGACAAAACCCCACUUUUUGAUUUUUUUGGCCAUUUUUUGUCAUUUUUCCACCAAACCAACAACAAACCCACCCUUCCUACACCAAAAGCGGCCUAUCCCUCCAUUUUGAGGAGAUUUGGCCGACGUUUUUGUCGCCGGAGGCGAUUUCCGGCGAGGCUCCGACGAGCACUUCCGGACAUUUUUUCGGUGUUUCAUUGCUUUCAUCGCCUUCCCCUCAUCAUCCCCUACACCUCUACUUGAGUCUCCAGGUUUGAUUUUGCCCUUAACUAUGUUAAUUGUGGAGAAUUGGGUGUUAGGGUGCUGUUUAGAGAACCUCAUUGAAUCUUGUGAUUUUUGUGCAAUUGAUUGAGGGGAAUGCAUGGAGUGUGUUUGAAUUGUGUGGGGUAAAGUCCCUCUUGAUUGUUUGAGCCCUUGUGUGCAAGAAUUGUGCCAAUUUUAUGCUAACCUUAAUAGUGCACACAAGGUGUUCGAUGAAAUGCCUGUUUUCGUACCAUUUUGUGGGGGUCGGUUGGGGCCCUUAAUGAUGUGCUUUGAGGGUGUAUUUGGUAUGAAUGUGAACCUUGAGUUGCCUACUUGUUCAUGGAUGUGCACCCCCACUCAGAUUAUGCUUGAUUUAUCGAGUUUCUGACCCCCGAACUAUGGAUGAAACCAUGGUUAGGCUGUUUUCUGUUCUUAAGUGUGGGGGUGUGAUUAACAUUUUCCUUGGCUGUUUUGGUUCCACUUUGGGCUGUUCUUUUGCAGGACCAUGUCGAAGGGGGCCCCACCGGGAUCAUUUUCAGAACGUCCUGGCCUGCAAGUUUGGGCAGCAUCAUUACUGGUCCAAGCGCGAGUUGGAGAAGCUCAACUGCUACGAGCACCUCUCCCCCGUUGUCACCAACAAAUACUGGCGCCGCCUACUCAGCAUUCGCGCGAAGGUUUACCAUGAGCUCAUGCUUGAGUUCUACACUACCUUCAAGCACGCAGCCACGGACGAUUGGAAGGACGAAGCUGCAGUCCAGUUCCGACUCGGCGGUGAACCACGCUCCAUGAGCUACGACGAGCUGGCGGACGCCCUCGGCCUCAACCUGGUCAAUGUUAGGGACUACAUCACAGAGAUCGCCGAGCCAGACAGGGUGGACUUCGGGAGGCUGUACUUCAGCAUCGCUCGGCCACGUCAGCUUCCCUUCAAGGCGGGGAAGACGAAUGCCAGCACAUUGCAGCUUGAAAAUCAUCUCUUCCAUCACCUGCUGACCAAGUCUUACACCCCAGCCUCAGACAGUGCCAGCGCCAUCACCAAGAGAUCCCUGUACUUCAUCCAGUCCAUGCGCCAGAGGGAUCAUCCCCUACACUUGGGCUCGGUGGUGGCGAGGACCUUCGAGAAGAGUGCUUCUGAGCUGAAGAAACUCCACUGCACUCCUCUCAUCACCUGCCUGGCAGAGUACUUCCAGAUAUCCCUGCAGGGGUGCACAGAGCAGGGAGAGACCACUCCCUUUGGCCGGGCUACGAUCACCAAAAUGCUCCUGCUUCGAGAAGAGCGAGGUGUCAUGUGGAUCGAGGGGUUUCCUCAACCUCGGAUCCCAGAGGCGGUCCAGCAGGAGGCUCCCGAGGGGGCAGCUGAUGAGGAGGUCCAGCCCGAGGACGUGGAUGACACUGCUGCCGCCCGCCCCACCACCUUCGAGUACGGGGUUGGCAGCUCCAGUUUCCCGGGGCAGGAUUACUUCCCCUCCCAGUUCGAGCAGCUGCGUCUCCAGAACCAGCAGAUCCUCGACCAUCAGAUGCAUUUCCAGCAGCAGUACGCGGCUCACCAGGCCGAGUACCACCAGAGGAUGGCUGCUUACGAUGAGAGAUUGGACCAGCUCCAGACCUAGCAGGGAGUGACUCUUGCACACAUCAAGCGGGAGAGGCGCCGCUCUCGGCGCAUGUAGGAGGUACAGGGGCAUCUGCUCCAGCUGCUACCGGGCGAGCAGCCAGUAUGGAGGACUCCCUGGGAGGACUCUCCACUUCCACCUCCCCCAGCGGAUGGUGAUGAUGGUGCUGAUGGUGGUGACGCCUUCAUGAACGACAUCGUCUUCGAUUUGGACAACCUCGGCGACGAGUAGGCUGUACUCGUUGCCCCUCUCAGUGUGUUUUGUUUUUCGUUUUAGACUUGUGUGUGUUUGCUCCAUGUGUGAGGAGCUUAAACUUAGUGUCGUUUGUUUUUGUUUUUUGUUUGUUUCUUUUGUGGAUUGUUUUUGUUGUAGCUGCCCGGGCUAACACUUAUCCCUAACACAACGUGUGCUAGUGUGUUCUUGGUGUUCGAUUCGUGCAAAACUGUCCAUCUUCCCGUUUGUUUCUCGCUGACUGGUCCACUUCCAGUCCCACAACAGUUUCAAUCCGGUAACAUCGUUCCCCUUCCCUAUCCCUCUGCUCCAUUGAGGACAAUGUCGUGCUUAAGUGUGGGGGGGUGCUUUGUAUCGGUUGGAAUGUAUAUAUGUGUGCUUGGAGCCUAGUCCACUGUCUAAAUCUCGCGAUUUGAGGGCUCCAAGUCUGCUGUUUGAUCAUCUUGGCACUGUGUUUUGAUUGAUGAAUUGAAUGGUUUUCGGAUUGAUGCAUGACAGCUUGAUUGUGACUAGGACAACCUAUGAUGAGGACUAAGACGUGCAUUAGAGUUGUGUAGGGGUUCAGUUUUUCAACUGUUUGCUUACCAACUGUGACUUGGAUUGAUUACUUGUUCUUGACAGUCUCUUAUGCAUCUAGUUCAGGGUAUCAGAAUGUGAGAUAGAGCAUAUAGGUAGCCAUGUGAGUUUUGAGCCUGCUCGUUUCUUUCUUGUGCGAUAGAUCCCUCUUCCAUGAUGUGUAGCAUUCACGUCGUCACUAGCUAGGAUGAUGGGGGCAUAGGAUUAGCCCACGAUCAAAUUUGACUGUCCUGAUAUGUCAUAUCCCCUAGUCAGCCCUUUUGAGCCGUGUGUUAUCCUUUCUUUUGGUCCGAAAUGAAAAAAAUCACCCUGUUUACAUCUUUUAGAAGGUUCCACAUAGUGGUUUUUACAUAUUCUCUGUUGUUUCUGCUAAAUUUGAGGUGAGUGUUGGAGGUAGUGCUUAAAAGUUGAGUUGGGCAUGUGUUUGAAAUAUAUGCAGAAGUGGUGGCUCUCUUAAGAAGUGAAAAGGAAAUGAAAUAAAAACAAAGAAAAAUUGAAAGCAAAGAGAGCCACUACCAAAAAUCUGAAUAAUGCCCAGUAAGCAGUGUUUCUUAGCAGUCUGCCUUGGAAAUGAUGACAUUCAUACCUCCUUCGCUCUUGUGCUCUUGAGAUAUUGAGUAAUGCAGAAUAGCAGAAAGGAAAUACCGGUUUGUUUGACUGUGAUUGUUUGGGUUUGGAAAUGUGGAACCUUGUGCUAUGAAUACUUCCACCACCUAAAAGGCCUUUUCCCCAUGUCCAAGACCCUAGCCAGUCAUUUGAACCUGUGUCUACGACCUCCUGAUUAGUUAGUGGUCACACCCCAUAUGUGAACUCUAGCAUUUAGAGGCUGCCAACAUGGUGAAGAGAUGUUAGGGAUUGAGAGAAAUAACAUGCGCAUUUUUCGCAUCAAAUUGUCCUGACCCCACUGGUCGAGAGUGAGUGUUUCAUUUUUCAUAUUCUAUAUACUCUUGUACCCCGGUGAGGACCUAGAUUGCUCGGUCUCUAUUCUGAUUUCUUGAGUUGACUGUUUUGAGUAAGUGGUUGAGUCAAGUCUAGGUUGGGUGGUGAACAGAAGGGAGACUCUUCCUUUACUUGAUUUUGCUGCACUCGAAUGUCCUUUGUGGUGGUUGUCCAGGUUGCUAAUGAAGUUGCUCAUGUGUUGAUGUUUGAAAACCAGUACGAUUCACGUGUUCUGUGCCUUUAUGACUUGUUCCCUAUGUUGGUUGAUUGAAAUAUGUAAGCUUACCUUGUGUCUGACUUGGUUUGCUUGGGGACAAGCAAACGGUUAAGUGUGGGGGAGUUUGAUAGACCGUUAAUUACUGCAUUCACGCUAGGUUGUGCUUGUUUGUGAUAUUUCAGGUCCUAGUACGUGAAUGGAGGCUUGGGAGCGAGUUUGGGGUCGAUUGGACGAAGAUCGGGCACGAGGCAAGUCAAAAAGGAGGCCACACGGGCACACCCACAACUCACACGGCCGUGCAAGUGACCACUUUGGCCGUGUGAGAUUGUGCGAGAGCAAACACGGCUUGCCCUGAUGUUCACACGGCCGUGUGAAGGAGUGGUCUGGCCGUGUGAGUUUCGCCGAGAGCAAACACGGGCAGAUGGAAUUCCCACACGGCCGUGCGACCCUGGCCGUGUGAGAAGCCUGAAGAUCGAACUAAUUGGAACACAGCGUUUUGACUCACACGGGCAACUGGGUAUGCCACACGGCCGUGUGGCCCUGCCCGUGUGAGUCGGGAAUUCCUGGUUUUAACCCAAUUCCGGGCUGCAAGAGAGAGAAUCGGACUUUUUGAGCAAAAACAGAGCCCUAGGGAGAGAAAGGACGAAGAACACAUCCUAGAAGCUAUCUUGGAGCUGGGUUUCAUCAAAUCAAGCUUGGAGAUCGUC